ACUGAUUGGUUUAUAGGUUUCGCGGACUUUGUAUUCCUAGUAAACUCAAUUUGCAUGUUUGUCUUUCUCCAAACGUCAGAUUUCCGACCGUGACAGCUGCACAGCCGAGCGACCCGAUCAGUACCAGUCGUCAUGUCUCAUAGCAACGGUACCAGUCACCAUGUCAGUAAGGACGUGUGGGAGUCUCACAACAAGAUGAUGCAGGAGCCACUCAGCUCCAACGACUCUGAGGUGUUCUCCAUCAUCAAGAGAGAGAAGCACCGUCAGACCUUCGGCCUGGAGCUGAUCGCAUCAGAGAACUUCACCUCCAGAGCUGUUCUAGAAGCCCUGGGCUCCUGUAUGAACAACAAGUACUCAGAGGGGUAUCCUGGACAGAGGUACUACGGCGGUACAGAACAUGUUGAUGAGUUGGAGCGUCUGUGUCAGAGGAGAGCUCUGGAGGCCUACAGACUGGACGCUGACAAGUGGGGAGUUAACGUACAGCCAUACUCAGGCUCCCCUGCUAACUUUGCUGUGUACACGGCGAUCGUGGAGCCUCAUGGGAGGAUCAUGGGUCUGGACCUCCCUGAUGGAGGUCACCUGACGCACGGCUUCAUGACGGACAAGAAGAAGAUCUCUGCCACAUCCAUCUUCUUUGAGUCCAUGCCCUACAAGGUGGAUCCAGACACUGGUCUCAUCAACUACGACCGACUGGAGGAGAACGCCCGGCUGUUCCACCCUAGACUGAUCAUUGCAGGUACCAGCUGUUAUUCCCGUAACCUCGACUACGCUCGGCUGCGUCGUAUCGCCGAUGAGAACGGAGCUUUCCUAUUGGCCGACAUGGCACACAUCAGCGGACUGGUGGCGGCCGGGGUCGUCCCGUCUCCGUUCGAGUACUGUGACGUGGUCUCCACGACGACCCACAAGACGCUGCGGGGCUGUCGCUCUGGGGUCAUCUUCUACAGAAAGGGAAUACGUAGUGUGGACCCGAAGGGAAAGGAGACUCUGUAUAAUCUGGAGUCUCUCAUCAACCAGGCAGUGUUCCCAGGACUACAGGGAGGACCCCACAACCAUGCCAUCGCAGGUGUGGCGGUGGCCCUGAAGCAGGCUCUGACCCCAGAGUUUAAGGCGUAUCAGUACCAGGUGCUCUCUAACUGCAGAGCUAUGGCCAACGCCCUCAUCAACCAUGGCUACAAGAUCGUCACCGGGGGUUCUGAUAACCAUCUGAUCUUACUGGACCUGAGGCCUAACGGGACGGACGGAGGACGAGCUGAGAAGGUUCUAGAAGCUGCUGCCAUCGCCUGCAACAAGAACACCUGUCCAGGUGAUAAGAGUGCGUUGCGUCCCAGCGGUCUGAGGUUCGGCUCUCCUGCUCUGACCUCCAGAGGAAUGGUUGAAGACGACUUCAGGAAGGUCGCAGAGUUCAUCCACAGAGGUAUCCAGAUGACCCUGGACAUCCAGGCCUCUCUGCAGCCCAAGGCGACCCUGAAGGAGUUUAAGGAGGCCCUGGCAGGGGAGGGGAAGCACCAGGAGAGGGUAGCAGAGCUGAGGGGGGAGGUGGAGGCUUUCGCUGGGGGGUUCCCCAUGCCUGGUCUGGAGGAACUUUAAAGACCUGUUUUCAAGAUGAAAUGUUUUCAUGUCACCUGCCACUUCAUCAUACCUCUUGAAUAUUGACUGUCUCCUUCUCUGCUGUCCUCUGUCUUACCGGUUUGACUGACUGUUUCCUUCUCUGUUGUCCUCUACCUUAACGGUUUGACUGACUGGUUUGUCCUCUGCCUUAAGGGUUUGUUUGACUGACUGUUUCCUUCUCUGCUGUCCUCUGCCUUAACGGUUUGACUGACUGGUUUGUCCCCUGCCUUAACGGUUUGACUGACUGGUUUGUCCUCUGCCUUAAGGGUUUGUUUGACUGACUGUUUCCUUCUCUGCUGUCCUCUGUCUUACCGGUUUGACUGAAUGUUUCCUUCUCUGCUGUCCUCUGUCUAAACGGUUUGACUGACUGGUUUGUCCUCUGCCUUAAGGGUUUGUUUGACUGACUGUUUCCUUCUCUGCUGUCCUCUGUCUAAACGGUUUGAC